AACAGAGUACUCUCACAAAACAAGUUGGUGUUUGAGCAUCUUUUGAUUCAGUCAUAUGAAGAAGCUAGAAGGUUUUAUGUGUUUCUGUUAGCUCACAAAGCUAAGUUAGCACUGUAGCGGUUCAUCUACGUAGCUGAUGGAGGACUUGUUGUAUAUACUGACGGCAUCCCGGCAGGCGGGGACGUUCUGAACAUGUGAAGAAAUUAUUUUUCUCUCGUUUUUAAUGACUUUUAAACUUCUAAUACAUUUGAUUAUGGACAAUAAGGUUGUGGGGGUAUACCUCAAUAAUACAAAAAAAGGGGGGGGGGGCUAGAAAAAUAAUAAAAACACACCAAAAUCCACUUUAGAAAAAUGUGGGUCGAGAUGUGUCCGCCCGUUCCAUCGGUUCAUUCGGGAAACAAAAUCGAACGAACGUACCUGUCAGUGUCACUCGGAAUGAGUUAGCAGCUAACGGCUAACAGUGAAAGUGCUAUCAGGUCAAAACACAUUUUAAAUAUUCCUCAAUUCACAAUGAAAGACACAUCGCAGGACUUAGCUUUUUUGACAUCCAAACAAACCAAAUAUUAUUGCAUCUUGAUAAUUACAAUAACAAACUUGAUAGUGUAAGCUAGCUACCCUUAUGGUCUCAUUCGUUGGGCUAAUUAGCAUUGGGGUACGCUAGCAAAGCUAACACUUUAGGAGUUGUGUUACUAGGUAAAAAGAGAUCAGUUGGCAGCAAAAUGUCAAGCAUGUGGCUAUAGUAUUAUAUUUUAAUUUAUUUUAUCAAUUGACAGUGGCUGUCAGGUGUAACUUGGCUGAAGCUAAAAUGAACAUGCAUAGCCUUGAAACAGUGAAACGCCCCCUAGUAAGGUGUGUGCAGAAAGAGGACUCUACUGGCUUUACACAGGGGCCACUUUUGUAAAAAUAGAUAAGGCAAAGGGCCAGGUAAAAAACAAACAGUUAAACUAUUCAUCAGUUCAAAUGGAGAAACAUGCAAAAAGCCCAUAACAUUCACAUAAAUGGUUUAUUUUCAAAUGAGUUGACUUUUAAUGGAUUCAGUUUUAUUUUGUUAAUCCAAUUAAUUUGGCACAACGAUUGAUACUAGGCCUGUAUUUUUUUUAAACUUAUAAUUCAGAUAUCAAGCAGCAUUUAUUAUCUACAUCUGUAUUGUAGAUGUAUAUUUCUAAGAGUUUUUGUAGAAUAAUCAUUAUACUUUAUAUGCUAAACAUAACUGCAACCCCUUCCAUCAUGCCAAAUGUUGUAAUGAUUAAUAAUCAAUCCUAAACAUAAACUUCUCCUACAAGGGACAGGAUAAAUAGCACCUUUUAGUGUUAAAUGCACAUUUAUGUUAUUAGGAUGAUCCUUAUUUCUCUUGACAUUUUGCUCCUGUUAGGGAUUUAAGGGCAUUCAGGAUUUAAGUUGGACCUCUUUCCUCUUUCAUUUGUAAUUUGAACUGGAAAAGAUCCAUUGUGCAAUAAGUUGAAUAUGAGCCUUUGAACACAACUAGCUUUGUUUUUGUGUAUAUGUAUUUAUGACAACCAUUCAGCCUCAAAUUAAUAUAUAUCACAGGCACGUUUUGCGCUGCAGGUACAGAAUGUACUGAACACCUUGUCAACAGCAUGCAGGCUCCAGGAGCAAAUAGUAGCGUUGAGUUGUGAGCUGUCGUCCUCUGGGGUCAGGUGGAAAGUUCUGGCUAAAGCUGUCAGUGAUAUAAACACAGUUUUCUGGUGUCACAUGUAGCCACAGCUUUUUAAAGGGCCAUGCUGUGGAUGCUACUGUACAUGUACGACUGUUGGACUAUGAAGGCUUUUAUUAUAGUCAAACAAUCAAAAACCAACUAUUAAAAAGGGUGUUUUAAUUGCCUUGCAGACAGGCUCUUUCCUGCAGCCUUUCAACUUUAAAUAAUUGGGAAUUGAUCUUAAAUAUAUGCAAUUUUUAAAACUCUGUGCACUAUAAUGUAUAUAUCAUUUUCUGCUGUGUGUGUCUGUGUGAAAGGGAAGCUGAGCAAGAUUUAAUCUAAUCUACUUUCUAGCAAGUUAGCGUCAUGAUCCUGGUUUCGUGUCUGUCAUGUCUUUUAGGUUAUGUGUUUUAUUUUGAAAGGUUUUCCCCUCUUGUGUCAGGUUAAGUUUCACUCCCUGUCUUUAGUUUCCCUCCUUCCCCUGAUUGUGUCAUUGUGUUCACCUGUUGCCCCUGUGUUUCUCCUCCCCUCUCCAGCUGUGUGUUGUUUGGUGAUUAGCCUUGUGUAGUUAGUCUUGGUUCCCCUUUUGUCUCUUCUUCGGUCGUCGUCGUUUUCUACCUGAUCCUGUACCUGUUACCUGCCUGUUCCUGCCCGUCCGUCUGUCUGCUCCUGUUCCCAGUGUCCCUGUAUCCCCUGGUUAGUGUUGGUGUGGUUAUUUUUCGUUGAAAGUACAGCUUUAAUUUAAAUAAAGCUCGUCGUUUGUUUGGACCCAUACCUGCCUCCCGUUCAUUUUACUGCACUUGGGUCCUGUUUCCCUAAACCCUGACAGAAAGACUGAACCAAAGAUGGACCCAGCAGUAUGUUUGGACGAUGCUCUGGUGGCGUUUUCAUACCAAAUUUUGUGUAUUUUGGGAGAAUGGAGGAAAGCAGUGUCUAAAGAGGCUCAAGAUUCAGCUCUCCUUCGUGCACGCCGGGAAGUGGCAGAGAAGCCAUGGUUCGUGAGCUCACUGCCGGAGUAUUUGAGGACAUUUGUCACUUCCCUAGAAAGCCUGCACCCUAUCCUAAAACCUCGGGUCACAGCAAUGACGCUUCCGGCUCAAGCUACAGCCAGGCCUCCUGCAGCCAUGCCUCCAGCUCAAGUUUCGGCCUUAGCCGCCAUGUUUCCAGCUGCGUCCCUGCCAACUCCAGCCACUCCUGUCCUGUCGGCGGCCCGGCCUACUCCAGCACCGCCUGCCCUGCCGGCGGCCCGACAGGACGGCCCGGCCGACGCCGGCCUGGCCUGUCCUGUCGACUCCAGCCUCGUCUGUCCAGUCGACUCCGGCCUUGCCUCCAGUCUCGCCUGUUCCUGCUCCGUUGGGGGUCCCGUGGACGCUUGUUCCGUUGGGAGACCUGCCGUCACGUGUUCCGAUAGGGGUCCCGCCAACACCUGCAUCUGUUUCGUUGGAGAUCCCGCCGUCACCUGUUCCGAUGGGGGUCCCGCCAACACCUGAUCCUGUUCUGUUGGGGGUCCCGCCGUCACCUGUUCCGAUGGGGCUCCCGCCAACACCUGAUCCUGUUCUGUUGGGGGUCCCGUCGUCACCUGUUCCGAUGGGGGUCCUGCCAACGUCUGCUCCUCUUCCAGUCCGUCCUCCGGAGCUGUCUUGCCGUCUUCCAGUCCGUUCUCCGGAGGCGUCUCGCCGUCUUCCAGCCUGUCCUCCAGAGGCGUCUCGCCAGCUUCCAGCCCUUCCUCCAGAGGGGUCUCGCUGCCCUCCUGCCCGUCCUCCAGAGGCGUCUCGCCGUCCUCCUGCCCAGCCCCCAAUGUGUCCCCGUCGCGCUCUCUGGCCCCGUCUUUGGCCCCUUUGGUCGUUUCCUACCUGAUCCUGUACCUGUUACCUGCCUGUUCCUGCCUGCCCGUCCGUCUGUCUGCUCCUGUUCCCAGUGUCCCUGUGUCCCCUGGAAGUAACUGCCACUAGUCGCCACUAUGUUGACAGACUGUUUGACCCAGACCCACAGAAAGUGCUUCAGGGAGUCAUUGACAUGAAGAACGCAGUCAUAGGAAACAACAAGCAGAAGGCCAAUCUGAUCGUCCUCGGAGCUGUGCCGAGGUUACUGUACCUGCUGCAGCAGAGCUCCUCCAGUCUGGAGCUGAGGACGGAGUGUGCGGUGGUGCUGGGCAGCCUGGCCAUGGGCACCGAGAACAACAUCAAGUCCCUGGUGGACUGUCACAUCAUCCCUGCCCUGCUUCAAGGUCUCCUGUGUACGGACCUGAUCUUCAUUGAAGCUUGUCUUCGAUGUCUCAGAACGGUUUUCAUCAGUCCAGUCACCCCUGUGCAGCUGCUCUAUACUGACCCCACUGUGAUCCCCCAUCUAAUGUCUCUCCUGAGCCGCUCCCAGAGAACACAGGAGUACAUCACACAGAUCUUCUCCCACUGUUGUAAGACCCCGGAGCACCAGACGGUUCUUUUCAACCACGGCGCCAUCCAGAACAUCGCCCCUCUUCUUAUCUCCCCCUCUUAUAAGGUCCGGAUGCAGGCGUUAAAGUGUUUCUCGGUCCUGGCCUAUGAGAACACUCAGGUCUCCAUGACACUGGUGAAUGUGCUGGUGGACGGGGAGCUGCUCUCUCAGGUAUUUGUCAGAAUGAUGCAAAGGGAUCAACCCAUCGAAAUGCAGCUAACAGCAGCCAAAUGUCUAACGUACAUGUGUCGGGCGGGCGCCAUCAGGACAGACGACAGCUGUGUUGUCCUAAAGACCCUGCCUUGCCUGGUGCGGAUGUGCAGUAAAGAGCAUCUGCUGGAAGAGAGGGUGGAGGGUGCGGAGACGCUGGCCUACCUGAUGGAACCCGACGUGGAGCUGCAGAGGAUCGCCAGCACCACGGACCACCUGGUGGCCAUGCUGGCAGACUACUUCAAAUACCCCAGCUCUGUGUCCGCCAUCACAGACAUCAAGAGGCUGGAUCACGACCUGAAGCACGCACACGAGCUGAGACAAGCUGCGUUCAAACUCUACGCCUCGCUGGGCUCCAACGACGAGGACAUCCGCAAGAAGAUCACAGAGACAGAGAACAUGAUGGACCGGAUAGUCAGCGGCCUAUCAGAGUCCAGCAUUAAAGUCCGUCUGGCCGCUGUCAGGUGUCUUCACAGUCUUUCCCGGUCAGUGCAGCAGCUGAGGACGAGCUUCCAUGACCAUGCAGUGUGGAAACCCCUCAUGAAGCUGCUGCAGAACGCUCCGGAUGAAGUCCUAGUCAUGGCCUCCUCGACACUAUGCAAUCUACUGCUUGAGUUCUCCCCCAGCAAAGAGCCCAUCCUGGAGUCGGGGGUGAUUGAGCUGCUCUGCAGUUUGACGCAGAGUGACAGUCCUGCACUGAGGGUCAACGGGAUCUGGGCUCUGAUGAACAUGGCGUUCCAGGCGGAUCAGAAGGUGAAGGUGGAGAUCGUUCGGUGUUUGGGAACAGAACAGUUGUUCCGGCUGCUAUCGGACCCCGACAGCAACGUGCUGAUGAAGACCCUCGGGCUGCUGAGGAAUCUGCUGUCAACACGCCCACACAGUAAAGGAAGCCCUGAGACAAAACACAUCGACCAGAUCAUGAGCUCUCAUGGGAAGCAGAUCCUGCAGGCCGUGACCCUCAUCCUGGAGGCGGAGCACAGUAUAGAGGUCAAAGAGCAGACGCUGUGCAUCCUAGCCAACAUCGCCGACGGCAACACAGCCAAGGAAAUCCUCAUGACCAAUGACGACAUGCUCCAGAAAAUCAAAUACUACAUGGGGCAUUCGAAUGUGAAACUGCAGCUCGCCGCCACCUUCUGCAUCUCCAACCUGAUCUGGAAUGAGGAGGACGUUCAAGCAGUGGUCAGCAGCGAUUGUUCCCUCAAAGGUUCUCAGGAGCGUCAGGAUAAGCUGAGGGAGAUGGGCUUUGUGGACAUCCUGCACAAACUCACCCAGGCCUCGGACCCCAACCUCUGUGACAGGGCGAAGACGGCGAUGCAGCAGUACCUGGCGUGACCACAGAGAGCAGAGAUCCUCUACUGCCAGCCUGACUAACGAUCGUCGCCGGCCAUCGGUUCUUUUGUUUCAGUUUUUUUUUUUUUUUGCACAAAGACACCUUUUGUGGACCUGUUGCUGGCCUCCCUCCCCCCUCCACCCAGAGCCCAACACCACCACCUCACUCCAGACCUCACCUCGGAGACUCUGUGGUUGUUGGGAGGUAAAAGGUUAGGAGGGGUUUGCUUGUUUUUUUUCCCGUUUUCUUUUUAUUUUCAACAAUGAAGUGAUGUUUUUUGGGACUGUGAUUUGUUGUUGGCGUGCAGCAGCCUUUUGGACUCCCCGUGGGUGGAGCUUGUGCACUGCGAGAAGUGGACUACGAGGUUUGACGCAGGAGGAGCACGGCUGUCGGACAGCAAAGCUUCCUGGUUUUAUUGUAUUUUUAAUUCAUAUUAAUAAUAAUGUUUCCUUCUGGUGCCGCAAGCAAGGACCCAUUUGGAAAAAUACAGACUUGCCUAUUUUGGAAUUUUGGGUGUUUUUUCUUUUUUUGUGGAUACAUACCUCGUAAAUAUAUAAAUAUAUAUAAAUAUAAACAUAAAUAUAUAUUUUUGGAUUUUUAUUUUCCCCUGUUUUGUUUUGAUCCAUUCUCUCUGAACCAUCCGCUGCAGUCCCAUUAUGGAUAUGACUUUGAACAUGGAUUUUUUUUUGAAGUAAAUAAGGAAAGGAAAUGUGAUUCUCCUGAAUUUUUGCUUUCUUUUCUCACCGCUGUGGUUCUGCGUGCACUGUCGCCCGUCACCUCUGUCCAAUAUCCUUAUAGUCCCAAUGGGAAAUGUAGUUCCAGAGUGCUUACUCUGACCUGCCCGGUUACUAAUUAACAGGCAUGAGUUCACACACCAGAGACGAGAGGGUUUCAUGUGUCCUCACAGCUCUGUUUAACAAGACUGUGUGUGUGUGUGUGUGUGUGUGUGUGUGUGUGUGUGUGUGUGUGUGUGUGUGUGUGUCCUCUGAUGUGUUUUUGAGAAGCGAGGACAGAGUCGAUGUAAGGGAUCAUUUGAGACCGGCCCCUGGAGGGUGAGGCACAUCCUCAGCAGCAGAAUCAAGUGCUUCAUUUCCCCCCCCCCUCCCCUCAUUAUAUAAUUUCCUCUCCCGUCAGGGUCUUUCUAGAGCAGGGAUUCCCAAAGUGCUGGGGUGCGCGAGCUGCCACCAGGGGGUGCGCGAGAUGAAACGUGAUGGUGGUCUGGUGUAGAAAUAUUACAGUGUUGUUUUUUAAGUGGGAUUUUUCCAUAGGCUACAAUAACAAACAGGAACAAUACACACUUCCUUUGUAAUCCCUUUUAUUUUAAAUAACAAAACUAUCAUUUAUUAGUUUUUGAUAGAAACGUAGAAGAAGACAGCCGCUGUCUUCUUCUACGUUUCACUGUGGGCUAGGAUAUAUGCGCGCCAACUCGUUUCAUUCAUUCUUUCAAAUAUGACUAACUGGCUGAAAUCAGGGAAACUGUCAGGUGGAAUGUCUCAUGACAAAGUUACGUAUAUGGCGAUAAAACAAAGCUUUGUUGCCUUUUUUUUGUUUUGUUUGGGGGGUGCGUCAACCCGGUAGGGACGUAGAAGGGGGUGCGCCGCGAAAAAGGUUUGGGAACCGCUGUUCUAGAGUGUUCCUCACAUUUCAAAUCCUUACUGAAAUUCUGAUAGAAUGAAUGUUACCAUUGAAAAUAUAUGCAGACUUGAAGAAGGAU